GGCCUACAUGCCGCCAUGUCUCUCGUGAUCUCUGAGAAGUCCCAGCACAUCUUGCAGGUACUCAACACCAACAUCGAUGAGCAGCAGGAAACAGCCUUCGCCAUCACUGCCACUAAGGGGGCGGAGCAGAGAUAUGCCCAUGUGGUGUUGAGGAAAGCAGGCAUUGACCUCACCAAGAUGGCUGGGGAGCUCACGGAGGACAAGGUGGAGCGUGUAAUCACUAUCAUGCAGAACCCACGACAGUACGAGAUCCCACAGAAGGGUGUGAGGGAUGGGAGGUGCAGCCAGGUUCCGGCCAACGGUCUAGACAACAAGCUGCGUGAGGAGCUAGAGCGGCUGAAGAAAAUCCGAGCCCAUAGGGGGCUGCGCCACUUUUGGGGCCUUCAUGUCCACUGUCAGCUCACCAUGAGCCAUGGCUGCAGGGGCUAUACUGUGGGUGCGUCCAAAAAGAAACGAGUCUCUGGGCCUUUGUUGUUAACAAAUAGUUUAUAUACCUAUGGAAAAGAAGCAAAACAGGAAACAGAACUCUAUUUAUUUGAAAGUGGAGAAACUCGCUCUGCUCCUCCCUGUUCUAGAGACAGCCGCAUCUUCUUGUGCAGUGCCAGCCUCGUCUCAUAGACAAGAUGGUGAAGGUCGGUGUGAACGGAUUUGGCCGUAUCGGACGCCUGGUUACCAGGGCUGCCUUCUCUUGUGACAAAGUGGACAUUGUUGCCAUCAACGACCCCUUCAUUGACCUCAACUACAUGGUCUACAUGUUCCAGUAUGACUCUACCCACAGCAAGUUCAACGGCACAGUCAAGGCUGAGAAUGGGAAGCUUGUCAUCAACGGGAAGCCCAUCACCAUCUUCCAGGAUCGAGAUCCCGCUAACAUCAAAUGGGUGAUGCUGGUGCUGAGUAUGUCGUGGAGUCUACUGGCGUCUUCACCACCAUGGAGAAGGCUGGGGCUCACCUGAAGGGUGGGGCCAAAAGGGUCAUCAUCUCUGCCCCUUCCGCUGAUGCCCCCAUGUUUGUGAUGGGUGUGAACCACGAGAAAUAUGACAACUCCCUCAAGAUUGUCAGCAAUGCAUCCUGCACCACCAACUGCUUAGCCCCCCUGGCCAAGGUCAUCCAUGACAACUUUGGCAUCGUGGAAGGGCUCAUGACCACAGUCCAUGCCAUCACUGCCACUCAGAAGACUGUGGAUGGCCCCUCUGGAAAGCUGUGGCGUGAUGGCCGUGGGGCAGCCCAGAACAUCAUCCCUGCAUCCACUGGUGCUGCCAAGGCUGUGGGCAAGGUCAUCCCAGAGCUGAACGGGAAGCUCACUGGCAUGGCCUUCCGUGUUCCUACCCCCAAUGUAUCCGUUGUGGAUCUGACAUGCCGCCUGGAGAAACCUGCCAAGUAUGAUGACAUCAAGAAGGUGGUGAAGCAGGCGGCCAAGGGCCCACUAAAGGGCAUCCUGGGCUACACUGAGGACCAGGUUGUCUCCUGUGACUUCAACAGCAACUCCCAUUCUUCCACCUUUGAUGCUGGGGCUGGCAUUGCUCUCAACGACAACUUUGUGAAGCUCAUUUCCUGGUAUGACAAUGAAUAUGGCUACAGCAACAGGGUGGUGGACCUCAUGGCCUACAUGGCCUCCAAGGAGUAAGAAACCCUGGACCACCCAGCCCAGCAAGGAUACUGAGAGCAAGAGAGAGGCCCUUAGUUGCUGAGGAGUCCCCAUCCCAACUCAGCCCCCAACACUGAGCAUCUCCCUCACAAUUCCAUCCCAGACCCCAUAACAACAGGAGGGGCCUGGGGAGCCCUCCCUUCUCUCUUGAAUACCAUCAAUAAAGUUCGCUGCACCCUCAAAAAAAAAAAAAAAAAAAAAGAAA